AUGCGAAUCCGCUUCCCUUUUGCAAUAUCCUUUGUCAUCCUCCUGAUCUUCUCCUCCAGUCUAGGCCUGCUCCCACACUCCUCCCUCCCGUCGACACCGGCGGCAGCGCAACCCUACAUUCCUUCGCAAUCCGACAAAGCGCUACACUUCAUAUGCUUCUUCCUCCUCACUGCGACAUUUUACUUCAUCCUUGACACUUCUCGGCGACGGGUAAUUCACCUGACCUUGAUCGUAUGCACAUUGCUCUUAGGAGUGGGAAGCGAAAUCGCACAGGGACUCUUACCUAACGACCGCGAGUUUGACCCUUGGGACGUCCUUGCAAAUGUCGUGGGAAGCCUGGCAGCAUUGGGGUUGGCGAGCGCAUAUCAUCGCCGGGCCGCCGAGCGGAGGAGACGAGCAAAGUACUCGGCCCUGACGGGUGACGGAUUAGAGGGUGAAGACCUCGAGCUCGGCGAGGGCGCAAAUGGUAUUCUACGCUCAUCCGAUUCUGAUGGUGAGGACGGUCAGGAGACAGGUGUCGCACCGGCACGAAGCGUGGAGGAAGAGCUAGACAACUGGGACGAAAACGCUCCGGACGACGCCUGGGACGAAGACGACGAUACAACUGCCACUAGUGGACCAAAUACGAAAGUGACGCCGUCGACGAGCUCGGUUGGAAGUGAGGAACCGCCCAAGAAAGUCGCGGUAGACUGA